GUGCAUUUCUCCUUGCUCGAAGGGCACUGAGUGCCUAGAACACUACAGCCAGCGAUGGGAACCACAUGUUGCUGCGAGCGCUCACAGCGAGAAACAGCAAUCGAGGAACCGCAGGCAGUCCUUAGAUCAGAUGAGGCGCAGCUUGGCGAGGUGUUGUGCGCUGCUGAAGAGCUGCUGGCUGGACUGAGCAUGUGGCAACGCAACUGGUGCACGCCAGAGGUAUUGCGCAUCUAUUUGCAUGGCCGCAAGGGCGACGUAAACGCCGCUGCUGAAAUUUUGGCCAACACGCUGAAGUGGCGGGAGCAGUAUCAGGACCUUCUCAGCGGGAGCCGAGUCCCAAUGUGGCAGGGAGACUUUCGAGUCUUGACAACGGCUGAAGAUGGGCACCCACUCCUAUACCUGUGUUGCAGGCAUCAAACCCACGCGUUCAACGUAUCAGAUACCUUGGACCAUGUUGCAGUUGUCUUGGAGACUGCAGUGAAGAGUAUGCCACCCCUUGUCCAGCAGAUGGACGUGGUCGUGGACUGCCACAGCUUCACAUUGAGAUACAAUCUGGAUCCACGGGCCGUGAUUGGUAUUGCCGAGCUGCUCAGACAACCCUAUCGUGAUAGACUCAGGACUGUGAUGAUGGUGGAUGCGCCAGCAAUGAUCCAGCCUGUUUGGAGCAUUGUACAGCCAUUGCUGCCACCUGCCACGCAAAGAAAGUUUCGAUUUCUUGAAGCAGAUGAAGCAGAGCAGGCUAUCGAGGAGCUUCAAGGUGCUGAGUCAGCCGCCAUCUUGCGGCACGUGAUGCAAGGCAACCGUGCUGCCGGGCAGCCACCAAAGCCACAAGUGCCAAGCGAGAUUGGUAUUAAAGGUGGCUCCAUCUUGCAGACACCAAACAGUCACAUGAGUUUGAAAAGCAUCGACAAGGAUGAGGAGGGUCAUAGAUGUUCCACCCUGGCCAAACCAGUGGGGACAUAUGUGCAGCCUACUUCCCGGAGCCUUUGCCACUGCCGGCGUCGUGCUGGGCCAAAGUGAGUGGAACAUCCCAUUUAGCUUCGAGUGUCUAUGGCCGUUCGAAGGCCUAUCUUUAGGGCCGAUACCGGUAUCUUGAUGUGAUGGUCGUGAUUUGUUUAGUUUAGUUCAUUAUUGUCCUAUCUUAAGAUACCUCACUCAAGCACAGUAUUUCG